AUAAAUGGAUUGGAUUGGUAUAAAAGUAUCAAAAAAAUCUUGAAUAGACAUCAGUUAACAAACGAUCAUCAGAUCUACUCACUUCUUCUAACAAAGAAAAAAAAUAUCAUAAAAAUGAAAUUUGCUUUGGUUUUCGCCGCCAUCUUGGCUGUCUCCGCCGCCCAAUUCGACCAGUACGGUCGCUACAAGCCCGCUCCCGCCCCCAAGCCUGCAGCGGUUGCCAGCCGCGUCGUCAGCAACGACAAAGACGCCAAAAUCCUCCGUUACGACAACGAAGUCAACCCUGACGGCAGCUACAGCUACAAUGUUGAAAUCGACAACGGUAUUGCUGCUGCCGUUCAAGGAACACCCAAAGACUUCGGUGGCAAUCCACCUGUAGCCCCAGUUGUCGCCCAGGGCUCCUUCUCCUGGACCUCUCCCGAGGGUCAGCCCAUCGUCAUCUCCUUCGUCGCUGACGAGAACGGAUACCAGCCCUCUGGUGAUGCUCUCCCCAAGCCCCCCGCAAUCCCUGAGGCUAUCCUCAAGUCCCUUGAGUACCUCUCCAAGCUCCAGAAGAAGUGA